ACAUUUUCGAAUGAUCACACAACAUAUGGAUGAGUUAAAUGAGGCAAACUUGAAUGCCCUGUGCACAAUAUGGGAGCAGAAGCAGAAUAACUUUAGAGACGAUAUUCAGGAACUUCUCAACCAGAGCAAAAAACUUGACAGACAGCUCCGCGAGGCAGCUGAUGAGCCCGUGGAUCCGGAACAGGCUGAAGAACAAUUUAAACUUGAACAGCUAAUGAUCCACCUAACUGUAGAGCUGCAGCGGCUGAAUGACAAGGAUAAUGCAAAAAAGGACUGGCAGAAUACCCUGGACCAGAUACGAGCUAAAAUCACCAGCAUGUCGCAGAGCCUGUCGGAGGUAGGACUUAUAGACCUCUCGGCCAUGAACGAAUUGUGCGAGUUGCCGGAUAAUUCACAGCGCAACUACAAACUGCUCAGUCAAGCUCUGAAACGAUGUGAAAAUUUGCGUACUGAGAAUCUCUCGGUCCUCAUCGAUCAUGUGCGCACAGAUAUCAAGCAAUGGUGCGAUAUGACGCAACAUCCUCCACCUGCACUAGAUGCCAAAAAUGAUUGCAGCAGCAACGAGAUGUUGGUUCAGCUGGAACAGAAACUGGCCGAUCUCAAGGACUAUUACAACACCAACCAAGAAAUCUUGGAGCUGUAUGCCAAACAUGUCAAACUCUUGACACGCAUGACAGCUCUGAAGGAUCAGUCAAAAGAUCGCAAUCGCUAUCAGAAUCGUGGUGGUGCACUGCUGCGGGAGGAGCGGGAGCGGAACUGCAUAUCCAACAAACUUCCCCAGAUUGAGAAACAACUGGAUGAAAUGGUGCAGGCCUUCCAGCAUCGAACAGGCAAACCGUUUUUGGUGCAUGGCGUUGAAAUACUCUCUCGUAUUUCGAGUAAUUGGCAGAAUUACCACUUGGCCAAGGAGCAGCAAAUGAACGCACGUAAAGCAGUAUUAUUCCAAGAUAAAUUGCCUCAGGCGGCCGCAGUGGGCCCAAUACGCAGAGCGUGCUCGGUGCCGUUUGUCAGUCGCACAGCUUCUGAAACAUCUCUGAAACACCUCAAGCCACGUGCUCCGAUCUAAUAUAGAUGUGAUACUCCUGUCUGUUAUUCUGCUACUGAUUUAGUCGAGUUUUAAAUUGGUUGUAUUAUAUUUUUUAAAUUUA